GAUGGGAGCUGGUCGCGGGGCGUUGAGAGCGGUUGGGCCGGACGGGCGUUGGCGGAAAAAGGGUCCGGGAGGAGCAGAGGGGUCGUGGCGAGGAGGUUCUUGGGGGCGCCCUGCGCGCGCGAGCUGCCGGGUUCCGAGCAGGCCGAAGCGGGUCGCAGCAGCCCCUUGGGCGACGCUCCAGGGCGCCUUCCCGGGGACCGCUUCCUCGGGACCCCGUGGGACGCUUGUUUAGAAUGCCGGCUCCUGGGCGCCGCCCAUCGCCCCGCACCUGCAGCUCCGGGGCCAGGCGCCUGCACCUCCAGGAGCCCCCCACCGCCGUGUUCCCGAGUCCACUAAAGUUUGAGGAGCGCCGAUUUCCCCGGCAGGUGGUCCUCAGCAGAUGGCUUUGCCCCCUCCCGGGAGGAGCACCCGUCUUCCCCCCACCCCUAGGCGCACCCUGGAGGUUUUCUGGAAUAAGGAAAAGGGGAAGGAAAAGCUGGAGGAAGACGAGGCCGCAGCAGCCAGCACCAUGGCCGUUUCAGCCUCUCUCAUGCCACCUAUCUGGGACAAGACCAUCCCGUAUGAUGGCGAGUCCUUCCAUCUGGAGUACAUGGACCUGGACGAGUUCCUGCUGGAGAAUGGCAUCCCUGCCAGCCCCACCCACCUGGCCCAGAACCUGCUGCUGCCGGUGGCCGAGCUGGAAGGGAAGGAAUCGGCCAGCUCUUCCACGGCGUCUCCACCAUCCUCUUCCAACGCCAUCUUUCAGCCCUCUGAAACUGUGUCCAGCACAGAAUCCUCCCUGGAAAAGGAAAGGGAGACACCCAGUCCCAUUGACCCCAGCUGUGUGGAGGUGGAUGUGAACUUCAAUCCUGACCCUGCCGACUUGGUCCUCUCCAGUGUGCCAGGCGGGGAGCUCUUCAACCCUCGGAAGCACAAGUUUGCAGAGGAGGACCUGAAGCCCCAGCCUAUGAUCAAAAAGGCCAAGAAGGUCUUUGUGCCCGAUGAGCAGAAGGAUGAAAAGUACUGGACAAGACGCAAGAAGAACAAUGUGGCUGCCAAACGGUCCCGGGACGCACGGCGCUUGAAGGAGAACCAGAUCACCAUCCGGGCGGCCUUCCUGGAGAAGGAGAACACGGCCCUGCGGACGGAGGUGGCUGAGCUACGCAAGGAGGUGGGCAAGUGCAAGACCAUCGUGUCCAAGUAUGAGACCAAGUACGGGCCCUUGUAACUCAUGCCUCGCCCAGGCCGCGCUGCCUACACCCAGCCUCUGCCUGAGGGCUCCCUGAAACCCCACACACAUGUGGAGACUUAGGACUCCUCGAGGGCCAAUGGCGGCGCACCUGCUCCAGGAGUGGUCACGUUCAAGCUUCAUUAUCACAUGGUCAGCGCACGUGGCAACUUCCCUAGGGGACCAGCCUCCUCACUGGUGAAGCCGCAAGGGAAUCGACGUAGACGGGUGCAUCAGCCUUAGUUUCUAUUCUUGGAUGUCCCAAUUGAAUCAGAAGGGGGCCUCUGAGGACAGCUCUCCUUUCCCAGGGGCUCAGGCUGCCCUGACUCUCCCUCGGUCUCCACAGAACGAGUCCAUCAUUGUCGCGUCUUCUCAGGUAGCAGGGUGUGUUUCCAGGUGGACUGUCCGCGGUCCACCUCACCCUCCCCAGAAAGUUUGAGAGAAGCAUCCAUUUCCAUCUCCCUCAGCAGUAGAAAGACACGCCUGCUCCUCCAUAGUUUCUGCAUGGGUACCAGCCCACCAGAGCCGGGUCUCUGCAGCCUGGGAUGGGGUUUGGGUCUGGAGCCUGCAGCAGAAGUGCACCCAACCAUUCUUAGCUCUCACACCCCUUUACUCUGUGGCUCCGAGGCCUGGAAGCCCGGGAGGAGGUGCUGGCAGUCGGCUGUCUGUUUUGUCUGCUGUGAAGGAGACUCCCAGGUUGGCCAGACUCUGAGCCCUAAUCACAGUGCUGAGAGGGGCUUUUGCAUCUCCUCUUCUCCAGGUCACUUGUGGAUACCACCUGAAUCUUGUUUGUCCUCCUAGACUGGGCUUCUAGGCCUGUUUCUCUUCACCCAGUGAUCAAUCUCAGAUCUUGGAUUUAAAAGGAAAACCCCCCUCAUCUACGAAACUUAAUUUUCUGGAGACAGGAUGCACCUUCUGCAUGGUGUUCAGAAAACCGGCCUCCACAGCCCCUUACACUGCGGGCAGGGAGCUGGGCCAUGUGUCUCCAUUUUGUCUUGCUCUGUUCUCCGGUGUGGGCCAGGCCAGAGGAAAGAAGAAGAGGGCUUCCCAGUUCUUGAUUCAAGAUCCCUCCCUGUGCAAGCUGCCUAGAGCCACCUGCUGGGCAGGACAGCCGGCCAGGGUCCCAGCACAACUCAUGGAACAGCCAGUUCUCGGGACAUUUAUCCACUAGAGUCCCCUCAGCUGGGUCCCUGAAGAUAUGGGCCACCCACACAAGCCUGGCCGUGGUAUGUGGAGGGGUCCUUGCAGCUGUGGCUCUACCUCACAGCUGUUUUCUCUUGUGUCUGGCUGGACUCGUCCUUUUGCUCCACCCGGGAGAUUCAUUGAGGAAAUCUGUGGAACACACUGUUCCUUGUGGCCAGCCGGAGCACCUGCAGAUAGGUGCAUUUAUUGGCUCAGGGCCAGGCAGCCUGUGGUUAAGAGGGGUCAGAGGUGACGGGUACAUUUUGUCAUGUUUUCCACUGGCUUUAUUUAAAGUGGUAGCUCCAAGACCCGGGCUCUGACCCCUACAAAC